AUGACCUAUGACAUUCCAAGAUCAAGUGCAACUGCAAAUUUAAGGGAAGUGGCCAUAUUCCAUAACUACAUCUUCAAAAGAAAAUUUGUGGACACAGAACUUCUAAAAAUCAUACGAGAUUCGUUAGAGGUGUAUCACUGCAGUUAUGUUGACCAAGUUAUUUCUCAAUGCAAAACUAAAACGCUCCAACAAGCCAUUGCUGAUCUAGUUCAACAAAUAUUCACCAUUUAUGAUAGAGAUAUUGGUAAUAUUGUUAAAGGGCUAAAGCGAGAGGAGGCUUGGACAAUUUUCAAAACCAAAUCUGUUCCAGCCUUUAUAACAGACAGAGCCCUCUGUGGCUAUGGGAUUAAUAGUUCCAUGUUCUUUGUAUUCAACAAGGAGACGCGAGAGUAUGAACUUAGAGACUCAUUGCUCAGUUCUUAUAUCACAUUUAGAUGGGACAGUUUUUUUAACUCGAGGAGAGCUAAUGAUGUAGAGUAUCAUUUUCACUUGUUGUUACCAUUCCUUUUUUUGGGUGAGUCCACCAAGUUAAUUCAAUCCCCCCUAGAAACUCUUGGAAUAGCUAAUCAUGAUCACAAACAGUUUGCUAAGUUAGAAAUAAAAAAAAUGAUUCAAGGUCGAACCUCAAAAAAUUCAAAACAAAAUGUUCGGGAAGAGUAUUUGAAUUAUGAGGAGGUAACUUCUACUCCCUCCCGAUCUCUUGAAGUGGAAAAGGAUGUAUCAAGACAACUAGUUAUACAAGAAGGUUCCAAUUUUCAAUAUUCAUCAAACCUUAAUAAUGAUUUGCUUAAUGAUUACCUAAACGAUGAUUUAUUAGAACAAAUAGAAAGACAAUACCUUUCUAAAAAUACAAAAAAGAACAGAUCUCCUAUUUCCAUAACAAAAUCCAAUCAUACUAUUCCAUCAUCACAGGAUUUUAAUAUACUGUCCUUGUUACAUCAUUACAAAGAACCAUCGUUGAAUGAACAGGCGAUAUUAAAUUCGGAAGCCCAUGAUAACAUUAGUACUAACAAUACUACAUCAAGUAUGAACACAAUGGUUAUUGAAAAUAUUAUCAAAUCUCUAAUCAACAGUACUGGAAGUAAUUGCCAUAAGGUAAUCUCGGAACGAUAUAUUAAGGAUGUAGUCAAUAUCAAUAAGAGUAAUCAAAUGUGGAUCACUAAUAUUAGUAAGACCGACAUGUCGUCAUGUACUUUGGAAUUACAAAGCAUUUCAAAUACAUUGACAAGGAAAAAGAUAGGUCCUUGUGAGAAAGUGGUUAGAAUUACAGUGUACUCAUCUCAUAAUGGAAAACCAAAGAAAUGUGUAAUAUCAACCUCUCAUCAUCCAAAUUUUGGAUUUAAAACGAUUAAUGAUAAUUGGAUUUUUGAGAACUCAAUUGACUUACUUCCAGACACGUUUAUAAUUCCAGAGCAGAAUAUUCUACGAUUCUUACAAUUAACAUUUAUUGGCUCUCAUACUUUUGCCAAUACACACCGCAUAAAGCACGUCUCAGUAACUUUGGAGGAUGCAAUUGUUUCAAAUAAGGAUUAUCUGGAUAGAGUACGAAUGGAAAUUACAGGUAUUCCUGUGGAAGAGUCAGCUUCAUUCAACACAACUAGUCAUCAACAUAGCAACAAGGUAAUCGCUCAAACGAAAUCAUCACUUUCACCUCAAAAAGAUUCCAACCUCAAUUUAAAAACCAUCAAAUCCGGCCCAGAGAAGAAAGAGAUUAUCACAAAACAAAUUGUUCAGGCUCUUGAUGAGGAAAACAUUGAGCUUGACGAAGCAAAUCCUCUUCUAAAAAUACUGAACACCAAUACAGGUAUGGAGACACCAUUAGAUCGAGAAGAACCCAGCAAUAUUGAUUCUUUGAAAGAGGAUAUUCAGGAUUCAGACGAUUUCUUUGAUGAAGAAGAGCUAGAGAAGGAACUAAUGCAAAUAGAGAUGAAACUUAACGAAAAGAAAAAGAUUCUGGACAAUAUCAAUAGUCCAAUCAAAACCAUACAUCUCUCACCAACCAAACAGAGGUCACCAAAUAGAGUAUUAGAAGAUGUAACUCGUUCAACUCCUUCUCCUAUUCAGGUCAAAACUAGAGCAGAUAAUAAUCAACAGUUGAAGGAGGCAAGACCGAGUGUUACAUUUGAUAUUCCUGCCUCAACUAAGAAUAAUACACCUCCAAGGACUUCACCAGUUAAAAAAUCAGUAACCCCCAAACAGGAACCAAAAUCAAACGUUCCAAGCUCAAAACCAAUCGUUAUUGAUUUCAACCCGUCUUUCCAAAUGCAGCCCAAACAGGAAUUCAACCCUAGCUCGACUCUUAACAGAAAACCAAACCAAACGUUGCUGUCUUUCAUUAGUCAAUUACAAAAAUAUGCUCCCCCAAAACCAGCCUCAACAUCUACACAAAACCAAACUCCCCAAACUAAAUACUCCCCACCAACAACGAACAACCUUAUAUUAGAAAAGCUAAACAUGCAAAAAAAGUUGAAGGAAGAACUCGAGCACUUGAAACAUCUGAAUGACGUAAAUGCAAGAAAAGAGUAUACUUCCCCACAUGUCUAUACUUCCCCAACCAAGAAUGUUCCUUUCCUUUGUAAGUCCACUCACGUUGAAGAGUACAACAAUGAUUCAGAUGAUUCUUCGAGUGAUAUAACUCUAACAGUCGAGGAAGAUGACCAUCCAAUCUCUCCAAUUGGAAAGGAAGAAUCUGCUCUAGUGGUGGAUUUUUCACCUCCACAUAACCAUACAUUACUUCCAAAUAGAAACCCACCAAGUCCUCCCUUUCGAAUUGUAAAUGAUUUAUCUCCAAAACAAGAGAAUGAUUUCCUCCAUGAUUAUGAUGAAAAUUCUCCUCAACAAUAUCGAAAUGAUCCAUCCCCAAGUCAAGAAGAGGAUCUAUUAUAUUUAACCAAUGAUUUUGUUGGAGAAGAAGAGGAUGAACAGCAAAGAUCACCAUUCAAAGAUUUCAUUGUUGAAGAAAGUGAAAUUGAGGACCAUGACUUGUUAACAACACUAGAGGAUGAAGUAAUUGAACAAUUUAAUAGAGGAAGUCAGCCAAAUAGUCAAAACAAUAGUAUUAAUAUUGAAAUACCCAAAGAAAUGGAAGAUUUUCUUAUUGAAGACAAUGAGCAGCCCCUUAUUGAAAUACCAGAAAUUGUAGCAGUAAUUGAGGAAAAUCAACCUAAACCAACUCCACCCACAUACUCUGUUGUCGAUGUACCUGAAGAUGAGUUUAGCAUUAUUCAAAGCUUCCUUGAUACAACCCUAAGUUCCGAAAAUUCAUUUGCUUUUACCCCAACUAAAUCCCCUACCACUAGGCUUUCCUCACCUCUAAGUUUGUCAAUUCCAAAUCAUAAUGAGUUGGACUCACCAAGAGUUGAACUGUUAACACCAAGCAAGAUAUUACUCAAAGGUGAACCAAGUAGGCUUCUGAGAGUUAAGAAGGGUAUUAAUUGUUACUUGCACGAUUAUGACAUUAAGAAGAAGAAGUAUAAAGUCCACAAAAGAAUACUCAAACUAGAUAGAGACUCAAAGUGCCUUUCCAUCUCUGCAUCAGGAAAGUCUUUAUUCAAGAAAACAACGAAAAUUGAAUUGUCCAAAGAUAUUAAGUGGAUAGUUUACGGACCUUACUCUCAGGCUUUUAAGAAUACUAAUAUUAUUUAUAGACCUUUCAAAUGCUUUAGUAUUGCCACACAGAAUAAGAUUUAUAGUUUUGAAGUAAUGUCUGAAGGUAUUCGUGAUGUAGAUGAUACCAUCUUGGGCAUUCAGUUCUUAAUUCAAGAUAGAAUCAAAUCCUUCAAUCGACCAAUCUAUACCAAGUGCAAUUUGAUUGUUAAACGUUAUCUAUUGAAGAAGUAUUUAACAUUUACAAACACUAGCAUUACGGUUGAUGAUGAAAUGUCCUCGAUAACAAGUGACAGUAUUGCUUCACCUAGAAUGAUGAGAUCUAAGAGUUUUAAAUUUUAA